AUGCGUGGAGUAGGAAACGGCAACAAUGAAAAAGACAAAUUGGAAAAAUUCAAGAAGGAUCAUUUGAUCCUUCCCAACGCAAAUCUGCAAAGACAGAAAGUAUCUAUCGAUGGAACUGUCAAAGCCAAUGGUAGAAUGUAUUCGCUCAAUGACUUGCAGCCACUCGACGUCUAUUCUCGGAAUGCUGUUAUAAUGAUUGAUGGAGAACCUCGGCCAUUGGAAGAUGGGAGUCACCGAAUUCGAUUGUUCAAGAGCAAAGGAGAUCAAGGAGAAACCAUGUUGGUUGCCAAGGAAGGAUACUUCAACGCCGACAAUGGUGGUGAAAUCAAAUCUAUCGACAUUAUCAGUCAAGAUGGUUCCGAGGUCCUCAUGGAGGCCCUUGAAGAUGGCACCCUUGUAACGAUUCGUCCAGAAGACAUGGAUCAGAACAAGCUUCGAUCCCUUGACUUUGGUGAAGGAAAUGCUGAUAUUAUCACUAACCAGCUCAUGGACAGAAACAAACGCUUUCUCCAAGAAAGAUGCAAUUCCUUCAAGGUCGUGGAAGUUGCCGUUGCUUACGACUCUACAUUCUGCGCUCAGGCUGCCAGUAACUCGGAAAGUACGGCCAGGACUCUGGUGGAACAAGCAAUUGCUCGAGCUGAUACACUGUUUGAACCCAUCUGCGUUCGCGUUCGGCUGUCUUACCUCGAAGGAUUCUGUUCCCAAGCGCAAGAUCCAUACACCUCAGCCGCAAAUGCCGAGAACAUUGGGUGUGAUGGAAACCGUGGUGCACUUCAAAUCUUUCGGGACUAUUGGGAGAGCUCGAGAACGAAUGUCAAUCGAGACGUAGCUCACUUUUUUGUGGGGCGCGACUUUCCUGGAAGCACAAUUGGUUGUGCCGCGACCCCCGCCUUGUGCGAUGACGUGUCCUAUGGUAUAGAUCAGUUAUCCUUCACCACCAACACUCAACUGCAAGGCAACCUUUUUGCUCACGAGUUGGGACACAACAUGGGUGCCUAUCACGUUAGCGAUCCCGACAAUGCCAGCGAAUUUCUCAUGGAAUCCAGUUUGAAUAGCGGCAGUGAUGGUGUCUCGUCUCAGUCCUCCAAUUCCAUUCUCGAGUACCUGGAUACACGCAGCUGUGUAUCCACGGAAGAUGUCGGUAAUGGCGAUGAUACAAGUCCCGAUCCCACAUCGGGACCAACGUCUGCGCCAAGUCGGAGCCCUACUACACCGAAUCCUACUACUCCGAAUCCUACUACUCCGAAUCCCACUGCACCGAAUCCUACUGCUACUAUUACUCCAGCGCCGGUUUCCAACCCGCCAACCUCUCCUCCAGUUGACCCACCACCUGGAGACGAUGACACCAACAACUCGUUCCGACUCGAAAACUUCAAACACCGUGGCUAUUGUGUGACGGUUCAAGAAGAAGAAGGCCCAGAAGCAGCCUUUCAAAAUAGGCAACAAAACACCACACCGAUCCAUUUGGAACCAUGUGACGAUGCAUCCCUUGCCCAAAGUUGGAUCUGGAAUGAAGAAACCCAUGUGAUGCAGUCCUUACUGGGCGACAACAAUAAGUGUCUUUUUGCCAUGAACCAUGCCGCAAAUCGAGCUCCCCUGGUCCUUUGGGACUGUGAUAGCGACUUACUGUUCUACGCCCAAUGGUCCUAUGACUCGGACGACCAGACCCUCCGUUUGGACUUUGAUACCACAAGGUGCUUGGACGUCCAGAAUGGUAAUCAAGACCGCACCACGACCUUGCAAAUGUGGAAGUGCAAUAAUGGAGCCAAGGACAUGAAAUGGUUGGUUCGCGGUUAG